AUGAACUAUGCGUGGAUCAUCGGUCGCUCGGUCGCCGCCAAAGAGGAGGACCGUGGAGAAAGAGGGAUACUUCUCAACUAGUACUUCACAACUGCUCUCGCUGCAGCUGCUCGGGGUUGAUUUUGGUAUCCCACCGUGGGAUCUUUGAGUCAAGCAGCUGACAUUCUCGGAGAUUGGAAUUCACCUGCCAGUUCAGCUGUCCGCUUCUGGUUUUUGAACGCGGAAAUGGCUCCGAAGCAAUGCAUCCUCGUCACCGGAGGUGCGGGCUACAUAGGCAGUCAUUGUAUUGUGGAACUGCUGCAAGCUGAUUACGACGUGGUGGCCGUAGAUAACUUUGCGAAUGCUCAGCCGGGACAAGAUGGCUAUCUCAUGCCCGAAAGCCUCAAAAGAGUUUCGAAAAUAACAGGCAAACCUCUCCAAUUUGUGGCUUGCGAUCUGUGCGACGAAGAUAAAGUGGAAGAAAUAUUCAAACAGCACAAAUUCGACUGUGUCAUACACUUCGCCGCUCUGAAAGCUGUUGCCCAGAGUUGCGCGGAACCUCUGCAGUACUACAAGAACAACAUGGGUAGCACGGUAAAUCUUCUCAAUGUUAUGAAGAAGCACAACCUGCGGAACAUAGUUUUCUCUUCCUCGGCGACAGUCUAUGGCGUCCCGCAAUACCUUCCCGUCGAUGAAAAUCAUCCUACGGGCAUGACCUGUACGAACCCCUACGGCCGAACGAAGUACUUCAUCGAAGAAAUGCUGAGAGACGUUCACAAGUCGGAGCCUGGCUGGAAUAUCUGUCUGUUACGCUACUUCAACCCGAUCGGGGCUCACGAAUCCGGUUAUAUCGGCGAAGACCCACAGGGUGAACCCAACAAUCUGAUGCCCUACAUAGCGCAAGUUGCCGUGGGGAGGCGAGAAUGUCUCAAAGUAUUCGGUGGAGACUUUCCAACAAUUGACGGAACCGGGGUUCGGGACUACAUUCAUGUCGUCGAUCUCGUCAAAGGUCACGUCGUCGCCUUACAAAAGAUCAUGCGUGCAGAACUUAAUGGACUCAAGGUUUACAAUCUCGGUACAUCGCGAGGUUUCUCUGUACUGGAAGUCAUCAAGGCGUUCGAAGACGCUGCCGGGGUGAAAAUCCCCUACGAGAUCGUGGGAAGACGCCAGGGAGACGUUCCGUCGCUCUAUGCGGACGCUUCCCUGAUCGAUCGGGAGCUAGGAUGGCAUGCAGAGCGCAGUCUGCUCAAGAUGUGCGAAGAUAGCUGGCGUUGGCAACAAGCGAACCCGGAGGGUUACGUUUCCAAGCGGUCCGUCUCCAGCGUGCCUCAAUGAGAUAUCCCAUAGGAGUCGCUUGUCCCCGGUGCGGGAUACUGAUUAUUCUCUGUCUAUCAGAGCUGUCACAAACGAACGAGACUCCCGCUGGAUUCUCCGUUUGUCCGCUUGUUAGCAAUUUUUUUUUUCUCAGAAGAUUGCCUUCUGGUCUCGAGCUCCAAAAACGAGGAGCCCUCCCUCUUCCCGUUACGAGGAAUCCUCCUCCGAUACCAGCGAGUUGUUACCGGCGUCAGCCUUGUUAUGGAGUAAACUAGUCACACGCUUAUCUCAUGAUAAGCCCUCUAUCAGGGAAUGACAGUUGGUUUGUCUUUAGGUAAUGUUCUGAUGAGCACAGUAUUUUCAAAUAAACUGCCUAUA